GGACAGAAAUGAGUCCAGAGGUUAGAUGGCAAAUGGGGUCCAAGAGAUGUAUACAGAGAAGUAAGAGAAGAUCGAAGAAAAAUAUUGUCAAAAGCUCGAGAAGAAGUCGGUGUUGCCAGUGUAAGUUCGUUAAAUAUGACUCAAGAAGACACGAAUACGUCUGAAACAGAAAGUGAAAAUGACUCAAAUUCAAGUGGCAGUGAAUGGGAAGCUUCAGGAACAGAAACUAUCUUACUUCCUAUUGACAAAGAACUCUUUGAGAUAUUACAUGAAAAAGAACCAAUAAUGUAUAAAAAAAGAAAAUAUGACGUCAUAGAAAGAUUUAAAUGGACUAGUAUGUUAGCAGAAAAAAUUUAUGCAUUUACAUACUUACCUUGUGCAUUUGUUUUUAAAAAUGCUAAAAUAUAUACUGAUGAAGGUAGCAUUCAUUACUUAACUAUUCGAGGACGAUGUCAAAGCAAAUUAUGCGGAAAUACAAUUCUCGCAUUUUUAGACAAAAAACCUUGUGAUUUUCCUUGUGAAUUGCGUAUAAGGACAAAAGAUACUUUCGGACAGCCUCAUGAAAAUGUGCAUAGACCUACACGAAAGUUUCAACGAAUGAUAAUUGGAGAGAAAGCGUUGAAUGAAGGAGUUGGUAAUUACACUAAACGUCAAGCGCAAAUGUAUGGCCAGGAUAAUAAACGUCUUCCCCCAAUACUUCCGAAACAAAAUAUUAUACGACAAUGUAAGAAUGAAUAUCUUUAUCAAAAAUUAGGAGUGAAACCAGGAGACGGACGUGAUGUUGUUAGCACUAUAGAAGACAUGAGAUAUAAUCCUCUUUAUCCAGGAUUUAUUCAGGAUGUGAAAAAAGAUAAAUUUUAUGUGAUCUACAGCACUCCUAACCAAUUGAUCUCAUACAAACGUUACUGUAAGCUUACUAAUGCUUCUUCUAAAAUAGCAAUUGAUGGUACUGGCAGUAUUGUAAAACCAAUAAUUCAUUCAAACGGACGUAAAUCUGGUCAUGUAUUUUUUUAUGCAAUUGUUAUUAAUUAUAAAAAUAAAUCUCACUCAGUGCAUCAAUUACUUACAGAGAGCCAAAGUACGCAAAUGCUAAUAUGGUGGCUAAAACAGUGGUUCACCAUGGGGGCACCAAAACCAAAAGAGGCUAACUGCGACAGCUCUAGAGCUUUAAUUAAUGCUCUUUCUUUUACAUUAAAUGAUCAAUCUAUAAAGGUUUACAUAGAUACCAUGUUUUUACGAGCAAUCGGAGACUCUUCUCAUUCGACAAGACCAGCGAUUUUUACGUAUAUCCGUUUGGACGUUGCCCAUUUUAUCCAUAUGAUUAGUAGGUGGAAAUGUGUCAAAAAUCUUAAAAAUUCUCUUGUAAAAUCAUUUUACAUGCAUUGUAUUGCUCUCAUGAUUGAUUGUCAAACUGUCAAACAAUUCGAGAUGAUAUUUCGUCUGGUUUGUAUAGUUGCUUUGAACGAACGCGAGGACUCGAUUAUUGCAGUUACUGGCGAAAGUGUUAAGCAUGCUAGACUUGAAUUACAAUCAAUCAUCGCAUCACGAGAUCUUACUGAACUUGUCAAAGACUUAGAACCGGAUGAAAUUGAUGACACAAUCCCCGAAGAAAAAAAUCUUGAAGAAAAUGGUGAUCACAGUGAUUACGUAACUCAACUUAGUCCAAUAAAAAUAUUUAUUAAUGAUCUAUAUAAUUCAGCACUCGACCUUAAAAUAUUAGGGUCGAUUGCCGGUGCAUAUUAUUGUAAAGAAUUUAUUGACGAAUUUUUAGCUAGAGCAUAUGAGUUUCCUAUUUGGACAGCAUCUUGUUUACCCCACGAAGCUGAACAUGCUACAACCAGCUAUAUUGAACAGUUUUUUGGCGAUAAGAAACAAAGAAGUUUAAAAGACUGGAAUAACCUUAUACGCGCUGAUGUUUUUUUAAAAUCCGAAUAUCAAGAGUAUAAUGGUAGUUCAGCAGAGUUACAUUCAAACUUAAUUAAAGCCAAGGAACAAAGUGAUUUAGACGAUAUUUUUAAAUCUGAUAAUAAUAACGAUUUAAAAAAAAAUCCUAAGUCUGCUGCUGAUGAUAACAAUAAUAAUUUAAAUACAGUGCUUAAUCAAGAUUUAGAUAGUAAAUUGAACGUUGAUAAUAACAAUACAUCUAAUGACAAAAAUAAUACUGCUGCUAAUUAUGAAAAAGACGAAACUGCGAAAACAUUAAUUGAAGGUUCAGAUAAUGACUCUUGCGUUGAUAAUAACAAUACAUCUAAUGACAAAAAUAAUACUGCUGCUAAUUAUGAAAAAGACGAAACUGCGAAAACAUUAAUUGAAGGUUCAGAUAAUGACUGUUUCGUUGAUAAUAACGAUAAUCUUCAGGAUGAAUGUGAUUCUGCUGCUAAUAUUAAAAAAGAUGAUGUAAAAGAAGAUCUCAAUGAAAGAAUACUUUCAGACAUUGUUGUUAAUGACGAUAAAGUCCAGAAAGAGUCUUUGCCUGAAAUUACGGAUAAAGACGGUGAAGAAAAAAAUGUGAUUAAAAAAUCAGAUUAUAUUAAAGUUACCAAAAGCACACUUACUGAUUUGUUUAAUGAUUCUGAUACUAUUUCAUACGAUAAUUGGAGAAAUAAGGGUAGAAUUUCUGACCAUGAUUAUUGCUCCUCUUUAAAUGACCAAGAGAACGUUGAGCCGCCAUUUACGCCUUUAUUUAGAAAAAAAAAGCAAGUCUUACCAAAAAAUUUAAAACAAGCACAGCCAAAAGAAGUUAUUAAAACAUCUAAUAUACCUGAAAAUAAAAUUGAAUAUCCUUCGUCCGCCCCGCCGUUACAAACUUUCGAUGGAACAGAAAAUAAAAAUACGACAGAUGCUUUAAAAAAUUACAAAAAAGGUUUCCACUUUCAACCUAAACCAGAUGUAAAAUAUCAGAACGCGAGCCUGACUACGUCAACUAAAAUAAAAAAAAAUAAAACAAAACAACUUCUUAAAAAUGGAUACAAACCUUUUGCAGUAAAUGGAAUUUCUAUUUUACUGAGUAACACUUGCGCUUUUGACUCAAUAACACAAAUAUUAGCAACAGCUGGAAAAGAUGAUCCAAAAUUUUUAUUAUAUAUGGACACGAAUGCAAAUCCAACAAUGAAAUUUAUUAGUCAGUUUUGUAAUAUAGGAGCGACUGAUGUAAUAUAUCAAAAAAAAACCACCCUAUUAGCUACACUAUUUAAAGAAAGAAUUGAAGACAAAAGUAAUAUAUCUCCUUUAUAUGUCCGACAACUGAACAUGUGGUCAAGCGUCAAUGAAAUUUGGCAAAAAUGUUUUCCUUCAAGUGCGUGUAUCAGUUGCACUUGCAAAUUAUGUGAAGUAUAUCGAAUUCCUAUUCCAAUGGUUCAAGUGAACUAUAAAAUGAUAUGGGAAAACGGAUUCGGUCAACUACAACAAUCAAUUCACUCAUUUGACAGCAAAAUACGAUGCACAAAGUGUAAGCUGAAUAUGAUUGACCGUUCUCUUUUAUUUAAUAAAUGCAUUUGCAUUGAAUUAGAUAUUAGAAUGUAUCAAAAGAAUCCUUUAAAAUGUAAAUUAAUAACUUUUCCAUCAGUUAUACAAUUGAAUAACAAAAAUUACAUGUUGAGAGGAAUCAUUGAAAUUGUCAAUGGGCAUUUUGUAGCAUACUGUAGAAGAUAUAACGAUAACUGGAGAUUACACGAUGAUACUGCUUCCAAUAUACAACCUGUUCAACCUGGAAAAGAGAUAGUACCAAACGCUGCUAUUUACACUAGGAUUGAUUGAAUUAUUAAUUAUUUUUUUAAAUCUUUAGGUAGUAUGUUCCCAGUAUUCUGUACUCAAGUGCAAUUCUAUUGAAUCAUAUAAGAUAGAAUUUAAUAUAAUAAACAAUUUUUAAUUAUAUAUCUCAUCGUUGUAACAAUCAAAGUUUUAUCAAACAUUGUUAUUUUGA